AUGGACGUCAACGAGGAGGCAAUGGCGGCACACAAGCGCGCCUUCCUCGACUUCCUCGACCAAGACGUCGGGAAGGGGGUUUACAUGCAGACCGUCCGCGACAUGGUCCAGAACAAGCGCCACCGCCUCAUCAUCGGCAUGGACGACCUCCGCAAUCACAACCUCGAUCUCGCCCGCAGGGUGAUUCGGAGCCCCGGGGAGUAUAUGCAGCCGGCGUCUGACGCGGUGUCGGAGGUGGCCAAGAACCUGGACCCCAAGUUUUUGAAGGAAGGGGAGCGCGUGAUGGUGGGCUUCUCGGGGCCGUUCGGGUUCCACAGGGUCACGCCCAGGGAUCUCAUGUCCUCCUUCAUCGGCACCAUGGUCUGUGUUGAGGGCAUCGUCACUAAAUGCUCAUUGGUAAGGCUGAAAGUUGUUAAGAGUGUUUACUUCUGCCCUGUGACCGUUGCUUUUCUGUCACGUGAAUACAGGGACAUCACUUCUUUUGUAGGCUUGCCGACUGGCUCUGUUUAUCCAACAAGGGAUGACAAUGGUAACUUGUUGGUCACUGAGUAUGGGAUGUGUGAAUACAAGGAUCACCAGACAUUGUCCAUGCAAGAAGUGCCUGAAAAUUCUGCACCUGGACAGCUCCCAAGAACUGUCGAUGUUAUUGUAGAAGAUGAUCUUGUGGAUUGUUGCAAACCCGGCGACCGUGUCUCAAUUGUUGGUGUAUACAAGGCUCUACCAGGGAAAAGCAAGGGUAGUGUUAGUGGCGUGUUCAGAACUGUCCUUAUUGCAAAUAAUGUGUCACUUCUUAACAAAGAGGCAAAUGCACCUGUCUAUACUCGGGAAGAUCUGAAGCGGAUGAAAGAAAUAUCAAGGAGAAAUGACACCUUCAACUUGCUGGGAAACUCACUUGCUCCAUCCAUAUAUGGUCAUCUAUGGAUAAAGAAGGCAGUAGUACUAUUGAUGCUUGGUGACGUUGAGAAGAAUCUAAAAAAUGGAACUCACUUGAGAGGAGAUAUAAACAUGAUGAUGGUGGGAGAUCCUUCAGUUGCCAAGUCCCAGCUCCUAAGAGCUGUCAUGAACAUUGCCCCUUUGGCUAUCUCAACAACUGGCAGGGGUUCAUCUGGUGUUGGUUUGACUGCUGCCGUGACUUCUGAUCAAGAGACUGGGGAAAGAAGGCUUGAAGCUGGUGCCAUGGUUCUUGCUGAUCGUGGUGCGUAUGAUCGUUCAUUGACGCCAACAAAGAAUAUUGGGCUUCCGGAUUCACUGCUCUCCCGUUUUGAUUUACUUUUUAUUGUUCUUGAUCAAAUGGAUCCUGAGAUUGAUUGGCAAAUUUCAGAACAUGUUGCACGAAUGCAUAGAUAUUGCACUGAUGAUGGAGGAGCAAGGUCUCUUGAUAAAGAGGGAUAUGCUGAAGAAUAUGAUGGUGAUGCUAAUGCAGCCAUUUUUGUUAAGUAUGAUAGAAUGCUCCAUGGUCAGGAUAGAAGAAGAGGCAAGAAAGCCAAGCAAGACAGGCUAACUGUCAAAUUUCUGAAGUAA